AUGGGCAAACUGUUCUUUUUUGGUUUUUUGGGGCUAGUUGUAUCAUGGUUGAUGCUUCACUUCAUAUACAGCGAUGAAAAUAAAUUAAAUGCUCGAAAAUACAGGCUAGAUCCAGCCCCAGCUCUGAUAGGAGCCCUCAAACUCAACGAAAAACUGUCAAAGGCAUCAUUAAUCUUGGAGAAUAAAAUUGUGGGACCUGAAUCAAUGGCAAUAGUGGAUGAUGCAAUUUAUGCUUCCCUUUAUGAUGCUCGAGUUGUGAAAAUCGUCGAUGGUGAGAUUAUCGCAAGUGUUUCUUAUUCCGAGCGUGCGCAAUUCUUCAGAGAUUGUGGAAAUUUUGACGCUGAGCCAACAUGCGGUCGACCAUUGGGCAUUCGUCAACUUUCUUCAAAAUCUCUGAAAUUCCUUGUCGCUGAUGCUUAUUUGGGUGUAUAUCUUAUAGAUUUCAAUGAUGAAAAAAAUCCGAAGCAUGAAGAAAUAUUCAGUUCGAAAAUUAAAAUUAACGGAAUAACCCCAAAGUUCUUGAACGACUUAGACAUCAUCAACGAGGAUGAGUUUGUGGUGUCCGACAGCUCAACUCGUCACGAUCGCCGUCAUUUCAUGGAAGCUAUUCUGGAGCAUAAGAGUGAUGGAAGAAUUAUUCACUAUAAAAUUUCGACUAAAACCGCAACAGUUCUUAUCGACAAGUUGUACUUCCCCAAUGGAAUUCAAUUGUUGCCUGAUAAAAAGUCGCUUCUUUUCGCCGAAUGCAGCUACGCGAGAAUCAAAAAACUGAAUUUGGAAUCGAAGAAGGCUGAAAUGUUCGCUGCGAAUCUUCCAGGAAUGCCCGACAAUAUCCGAAUGACUGAAAGAGGGACGUUCUGGGUCGGUCUUGCUGCCGUUCGGCACUCUGAAGCCCCAUCAAUCGUUGAUCUUCUAGGAGCGUAUCCGGGAAUUCGGCAGUUCCUCAUUGACGUGAUUCCUGCGAAACUUUGGGGCGUCAUUAGCGGCGCGUUCAAACGAUCACAUGCAAUUAUCAUCGAAUUAGACAAAAAUGGGAACAUUAUUCAAUCGCUUCAUGAUAAAUCUGGAAAAAUUGUCGAUGUAUCACAAGUAACCGAAUACAAAAACAACCUUUACAUUGGCAGCUUUGAUAGUCAUUCCAUUGGAAAAUUGAAACUUUGA